AUGUAUCUUUUUUCUGAUCGUAAAUUUAUAGUCGUCGAAGAGGCAGGUAUACCAGAAACAGAGAUAGAGGAACUAGAAAAGGAGAUUUCUGAGUAUGGCGGAACGAUCAUAUCUUGGAAGGACAGACUGGAAAGCGAUAAUACUCCACAACUCGUAAUGGUCGCGGACAAUGUUGAUUUUCCACACUUCCAUGAGCUUCAAAACUUGAUGGUUCCAACAGUUACUCCAGAUUGGAUCAAAGAAUCAAUAAAAGUAGGCAAAAAAGUACCAAUGCGCCCCUACUCUCCGGAUCCUCGAAACUUCCUCUCCAAGGUUCAAAUAUGCUGCUCAGGGCUCUCAAAAGGUGAUACAGAUGCGAUUAGCGCUGGUGUACGCGCUGUAGGAGGCGAUUGUAACAAGGAACUCAACAGGUAUACGACACAUGUCAUUGCUACAGACAUAAAAACCGACAUAUGUGAAACAGCCCUCGCCUGUGGUUUCGACAUCAAAGUCGUGAGCCCUGAAUGGGUUGACGAUUGCAUCAAGUUACGCUGCAAACUUAAUGAGGAUCCUUAUUUAUUAACAAACAAGCCAAAAGGACACCAUGAUUCAGCCGAAUCCGAUCUAGCCGGUACAUAUUCGAUGGACCAGACUCCUCGGCUCGCUGUUCAGUCAUCUGUUCGUCACGAUCUAGGCUCUUCAUUGUUUGAGGGGCGUGUAUUCUAUUUAAACGAGGACCUGGACUUGAGUGAACGGCUUCUCAAGACAAUUAUUUUUUUGAUCGAGACGAACAGCGGUGUUAUCACUCAAAACCUUGAGGAUGCGGGAGUAUACUUGGGCAAAUGGCGGGAAGGAGAGGGCUAUAAAUACGCCAGCAACCAUAAACUAGUUGUUGGAAACCUGACAUGGCUCUAUUGGAUGAUCAUACAGAAACAAUGGGAUACACCUCUGAAAUGGCUUUUGCACUACCCUGAGGUUCGAGGUGGGCUCCCCGAUAUGGUUCACGUUACUGUUGCAAUCACCAAUUACACUGGUGAUUCCAGAACGUAUUUACAAACACUUACCAAUUCACUUGGAGCGAAGUACACUGGCAGCUUAAUACAAAACACGACCACCCAUUUGAUUGCAGCGUAUGCCGGCGGUCCAAAAUACGAAGCGGCAAAGUCUUGGGGGAUUAAAAUCAUGAACCAUUUAUGGCUUGAAGAAACAUAUGCUAUGUGGCAACUACAACCUGAAACAUUACCACGUUAUACUCAUCUGCCUACGAGAUUGGACAUGACCACUCUCAUAGGCAGCACUCACUUGGUUCCGCAAGUUCUACGGCAGUUCUACUCGGACAAACAUGAACCAGAAAGAUUUCCGUUACCGUCACGGGCUGCUCGUACCAAAGCAAACGAAGGUCUUCAUGAAAGUGUGCUAAAAGAAAACCAGUUCCAAAAGCAAAAACGCUACAAGGCACUCCCUGAUCUACCAUCGAACGAUAGCCCUAAUUUAACUGAUCUGAACUCUACGCCACCAGAGCCGCAACGGAGCGAGAUUAUAGAAAAGCAGGUGAAACGAGCGAAAAAAUGCGCCUCACCGGAACCGAUGCUGCGAAUCAUGGUGACUGGUCUCGAUACCCCACCGACGAGACAGAAAUGCGCCAAAGCUAAUCUUCAUUUGACGGAAAAUCCACCGGCUAGUGUUCUUGUAGCCCCGCGUAUUUUGAGAACUGCCAAGUUCUUGUCAAGUCUUGCCGAGGUAGAAUCAUGCGUUACCCCGGAUUGGCUUGAAGCCAGUUUCAAUGCAGGCCACCCUGCGGACCCCAAACAGUAUGCUAUCGAAAGCGAAUCGCUCCAGGAAGCACUUCAGAGAUCUGCAGAUCUGCGAGCAAACAACAAGGGGCUAUUUUCGGGGCUGACCUUUCGCUUACUUCCAGAUGUAAAAGGCGGGCCCAAGGUGGUUGAACAAAUUGUCAAAGCACACAAGGGAGCAAUUACGAAACGAAAAAACGAAAGCGUAUUGGUGGGUGGUGAAAGCAGCGCAGUAACAUUGGACGACGUGAUCAAUUGCAUUCUUACAAUGGACGCAUCGCGGUUUUCAUCGGAGGUUGUUUAA